GCUUUCUUCACAGUUCCACUCCUCCUAGGCACAACGAAGGAAGAAGACAGAUACAGAGACGGGCACUAAGGCUUCUGCUAUGCCUGCGAUUCAACCUUCACACUUGUGAUUCGAGGGUCUCAAUUCAGUAAUGGCUAUGUCAUCAGGAGCACUGUCGUUCUCAGUGCCUAUAUCUUCUACACUGUCCAGGACACGAGCUUCCAAUACCACGCCGGAAGGGAAGGGUGAGAGGAAGAGAGUGUGUGUUGUUGGGAAUUUCGGUUUCUUUGGCGAGGCAGUGCGCAGGGACCUUGAAUUCUUGAAGAAGGGAAUCAGUGGAGGGAUAGAGUGGGCAAAUGAGACUUUUCAUAUCCCACAGGUUUCCAAAUCCCUCGACGAUGUGUUGUGGCUUCGGCAUCUGGAGGACUCUCGUGCCCCUGCCUUGGAGCCUCUCUCAUGGCCCCAACCUUCCUAUCCAGAACUUUCUGGUGUGGAUUUGUUCAUAGCUGAUCUCAAAGCCUUGGAAGCAUAUGCUGGUUACUUCUACUAUAUGUCUAAGGUUUGGUCCAUGCCACUUCCGGAAGUCUAUGAUCCUCAAGAUGUUUCCAUCUAUUUUAGCUGUAGGCCACAUGUAGUGGCCCUUCGAAUUCUCGAGGUCUUUUCUGCCUUUGCUUUCGCUGCUAUCAGAAUUCGUGCCUCGGGGAUUGGGAAGUUCUUAGGGUCAAAUUCAGAUAAGGAUGUGAAUGGAAGUACAUCACAGUACAAUUUUGGGAUGGUGUUAAAAGAGACUAUGCUAAACAUGGGCCCCACCUUCAUUAAAGUUGGUCAGUCGCUCUCCACAAGGCCUGAUAUAAUUGGCUCGGAGAUGUCCAAGGCACUUUCUGAGCUGCAUGAUCAAAUACCUCCUUUUUCCAGGACUCUGGCCAUGAAAAUUAUUGAGGAAGAGUUAGGUUCACCUGUUGAAUCAUUGUUUAGUUAUAUCUCUGAGGAGCCUGUAGCUGCAGCAUCAUUUGGUCAGGUUUACCAUGGGAAUACUCUUGAUGGUUCUUGUGUUGCUGUGAAAGUCCAGCGUCCUAACUUACAUCAUGUUGUCAUGCGAGAUAUCUAUAUACUUCGUCUUGGGCUGGGGCUGCUGCAAAAGAUAGCAAAGAGAAAGAGCGACCUUCGCCUAUAUGCUGAUGAGCUUGGAAAAGGUUUGGUUGGUGAGCUAGAUUACACACUAGAGGCUGCAAAUGCUUCCAGAUUCAGGGAAGCUCAUUCCCGCUUUCCAUUUAUUCUUGUUCCAAAAGUAUUUCAGCAUUUAAGUCGGAAAAGAGUUUUGACAAUGGAAUGGAUGGCUGGUGAGAGUCCCACGCAUCUAGUCUCUGUUUCUAGUGGUAACUCCAUUGGUCAUGGCUCUACACAUUCUGAGAGGCAGAAAAUGGAAGCAAAAAGACGUCUUCUUGACCUGGUUAGCAAAGGAGUGGAAGCCUCAUUGAUUCAACUCCUUCAAACAGGCCUUAUGCAUGCUGAUCCACACCCAGGAAACUUGCGGUACACAUCAUGCGGACAAAUUGGGUUUCUGGAUUUUGGCUUGGUUUGUCAAAUGGAAAAGAAGCAUCAGUUUGCCAUGCUUGCAUCCAUAGUACACAUAGUAAAUGGGGACUGGAUGUCUCUUGUUCAAGCUCUGACUGAAAUGGAUGUUGUGAGACCAGGGACUAACAUCCGACGUGUUACCAUGGAACUGGAAGAUGAACUUGGGGAGAUGGAAUUUAAAGAUGGAAUUCCUGACAUUAAGUUCAGUCGGGUUCUGGGAAAAAUAUGGUCUGUAGCUCUCAAGUAUCAUUUUCGUAUGCCGCCCUACUAUACACUUGUCCUGCGUUCACUUGCUUCCUUGGAAGGUUUGGCAGUAGCUGGAGAUCCAAAUUUUAAGACAUUUGAAGCUGCAUACCCUUACGUAGUUCGAAAACUUCUUACUGAAAAUUCAGCUGCAACAAGGAAAAUUUUACAUUCGGUGGUUUUAAACAAGAGGAAAGAGUUUCGGUGGCAGAGGCUUGCUCUCCUAUUAAGAGUUGGAUCUACUAGGAAAGGCUUAAACCAGAUAAUACAACCAAAUAGUGGAGCUUCACAUGGCUAUUUAUCUAAUAGCUCCAACGGUGUUUUUGAUACCGCGCACCUGGUCUUGAGGAUUUUAUCAUCCAAGGAUGGUUUUGUGCUCCGAAGACUUCUAAUGACUGCGGAUGGAGCUUCACUGAUCCGAACCAUGGUUUCCAAGGAGGCAAUUGUCUUUCGACAGCAACUUUGUAGUUUCAUAGCUGAAAUAGUAUCCCAAUGGAUGGUUAAAGGUUUUAGGCCCAGAAUUACAGUGAGCCAGUAUCGUUCUCGAGCAAGAUUGGCUGACGGACCAAACAACAAAGGGGUAGGUCCAUCUUCUAUACUAGACACAAAUGAGUAUCAGUCACUCUUGAGAGACCGGCGGCUCAAAGUGAUUUUCUCUAAGGUUUUGGAUUCUGCGAGGAAAGAUCCAGUGUUGAUGCUGAAAUUUUGCUUGACCUGCUUCGUUUUGUUCAUCAAGGCUACCGCCCUAGCUUGUCAUCGGGCUCUAGUCUCCUUAUCUGAAGCCUAUUUGGGACCAAUAUCACUUGCUCCGAAAAGAAUUGCAGUUAAUGCUUGAAAGGUAAACUAUCUCCCCCUUCAGAGUAUAUUCAGCACUAGCAGAGAUGAUUCAUUGAAAGGCCAUACAUUCUACAUGCAUUAAUUUCUCAAAGAUCAGUGUUCGCCCUUGUGACUUACUUAACUGCGCUUGUAGUGAAGGCUCGUAUCUUCAUCCCAACGUUCUUCUAAGGUUAGAUCAUUCAGAUGCUGAUAUAUCUUUUUGAAAGAUAUGUAUAAUAUAUAGUACAGCAUUGUACACACAAAUAAGAUCUGUACAGUGACACCUACAAAGUUAGGUUCUUAACUUCCCUCGAAAGAAAGACAGUGUAUUGAUUCUUUCUAAUGAGCAGACACUCUGUUGAUUUUGUGCCA